AUGGCCGCGCCCAGUGAACAUUAUUUUGAUAGGCUUUCAGAUGAUGUUUUACUAAAUAUUUUGACAUUUUUGCCUUCGAUUGAUUUAUAUAGCAUAAGCAGAGUGAACAGGAGGUUUAAUUCACUAUGUUACGAUCGAACACUUGUCAGAUAUUCCAGUUUUGCAAACUGCUACCGACUAAGUGAUGAGGUCUUCACAAAAUACAUCCAGUGUGCCAGUCACCAUCUUGUCCAUCUGAACCUCAGCGCUUGCUACUGGCUCUCCGGCAAAGUCUUUGACAACUCUGUAUCACGGUGCACAAAUUUAACCCACUUAUACUUGCUUAACUGCAAUGUAAAUGUGAAACGGUUGUGCCGAAUAAUGGCUGCCCUAGACAAGUUACAAGUUCUAGCAUUCACCAUCCAAGACCUGCGAGACUUCCACUCAGAGCUGGCCACUAACCAAGCUGCGCAGAAGACUCUGCGUCACCUGCAGGUGAUCUGUCUCCACUUCCACCAACAGCUGGAGUUCUCGCCGCACAUAUCAAUGCACUUCUUGUCCCAGCCGUCGUUCCUUGAAUACUGUCAAAACCUAGUCGAGCUGCACGUCCUCGGCACGCCCAGCUGCUCAAAGGGAAUGCCGCAGUAUUUACUGCAGCCUCAGAUCAACAAUAAGGAGAACUGGACUCGCCUCAAGACACUGAGCAUCAACGAUGCCAUCGAUCCGGCCGCUCGCAUGUUCUUCUUCGGAAUGUUGAUGGAAGUGUGUAAAUUCUCUCUCAAGUUCGAAACCAUCCUCCAGCCGUCGUCCAACCUGCAGAGACUUCAGAACAAGACUCACUUCUUCAAGUGCCUUUUGCAGAUAGACUCUCUCCGACACCUCGACUUCUCACGCGCAAUGAUUGAAAUACCAAACCCAGACUUUCCAUUGCACAAGGCACGAAAUCUGAGUUUCCUGAAUAUCGCAGACAACACCAGGAUUACGAGUCACAGUCUGCAGACGAUAGCGGAAGGCUGUCCGAAUCUAGUCAGCAUUAACCUCCAGAACUGCCACAGUCUGCUUCUAGGACAGGACAACAAGACGCCCGAGCCUGGCGGGCUGCAGCUGCUGCUGAUGAGUCUGUCCCAUCUUCGCCACAUCAACCUGUCCGGGGUCCACGUCCAUGAGACGGACAUCACCAACAGUUCACUCUGUCGGCUUCUCGCUAACAACACAGAAUGGAGAAGUAUAUCGAUUUCGCCCUGCUGUCUGUGUGUGAAAAACAAAAGUUCAACAUCAAAAAUGGUUGGCAGGAAACGUAUUCUAGUCCAGUACCACCAGUCUCAGACGGUGAAGAAAUUACGUAUUGGGGUGCAGCUAAGUCAAAACCAGCCCUCCACGUCUCACAAGGAUCCUGUAACGAUGGACAGAGUCUGUGACGACGGACCGGAGACGGAUGGACCAAGUGAGCUGGACACGCUGGUCAGCAGUUGUCCACUCAUGGAAGAGUUCGAACUGGUCAGUGCGGGGUUCCGGUCCACGUUCAACAAGUACUUCGGAGUAUCUCCGAAAACAUUCCAUUUCAUAUCAUGUGUCCAGGCAAAUUCCAUCCGAGAUAGUGACCUGUCCUGUAUCGGGAACUGGCAACACCUGCGAUAUCUACAGCUGUCUGGACUGCAAGGUAUCUGGUUUGGUAAUAGCCUGACCGACAUCGCGAAGGGCUGCGUGAACCUGGAACGGCUCCACCUGGCAUACCUCGGUUUGACCGGUCACUGUCAGUACGUGAAGAACCUGUGUGCGGCCUUCAGACACUUUCACAAACUGCUCGACUUCAGGUUGGAGCAGCCAUACCUGAAGCUGGAUGAGUCGUUUUUCUCGGGCUGUCAGGAAUGUCACACCCUGGAAAGAAUUUGUAUUAUCUCAAAGAACGCGUCUCUCGAACCAGCUCCCGUCCUCAAGUUUGUUGAACAAGUGUCCUCGUUGGUUGUAAUCGAGCUUUUCACUGGUGUCACACUCACUCAAUGUAAAAGUCUUCAGUCACAGAUACUAAAAAGGUUUGGUGUUGUGAGACCUGCUCUGUGUGUGUGUAUUCACCCGCUGAUGCAUCCCGACCUGCCCCAGGUGACCUCCAACCUUCCCACAGUGCACCUGGAGGAAAUGACUGUGUCCGGCUCUCGUAUCUGUGUAAAACCACCACGAUGGCCGUGGUAGCUCGGCCAUCGAACGUUUAAUUAGUGUUUGACAUGUACUU